AUGAGCGAUAGACGGGGGCAAUGGAAGCGCGAAAAGCGGCAACAUGUUCAAUCAGAUGAUGGAUGGACCGUUGUCUCCGGCGGAAGACCGAAAGAUGGCGCUGAAGCCCAACAGCUACAAUCUGCAAGACCUACCAGGACAGUUGGCGGGCUGACAGAGGAGAAGCUGUUGGAUGAGUUGAACACAAUGGAGCGGAAAUGGGAGAAGACCUCCUGCGCGAAGAACCUCGCGCGGAUGCUCAGCUUGCGAGACUGGAUGGUCACAGAGGCUGUUUGCAUUGGCAUUGGAAGUUUCAGCAUUGAUUGGGACCAUCGGUAUCGGUCGAUGUGGCAGUUGGUGCUCUUUCGGGCGGUGGUGAAGACAGUACAGCAAGAGGGUGUACCACUUGCUUUAUACGCGCAAGAACCAGCAUUCACACCUAUCGAUAUCUCUUUUCUUUCUCGUCUUAAAAUCACCGCAACGUCUUCCGGAAUUGAAUCCCGCAUAACUUCGAGAUCCUUCAUAUACGCGCCGUUUGUCGACUGGUACAUACUUCUGCCCUUAUUCUUGAAGGAAAAGGAUCCGGAGCUAUACAUUGGCAAUGAGAUACUAGGCAGCUAUGGGACGUAUGCAAAUACGAAGGAGAAGAAAGAUGUACUUGAAGAGUGCAAUGGGCUAGGCAAGAAGUUUGCAAAGGGGAGGGAGCGAAGAAGGGUACCGGAUUUUGAAGAGCAUGGAAAUGCGUUGGAGGGAUUGAUGAUUUAUUGGAAAGAAGAAGAAGAUGAAGAUGACUGA